GAAGAAGAAGAUCCCUGAGCUCGGAACGCGCUUUCCCACCCGCCCUCACCCCCCUCCCAAUCUGCGCUCGAUUGUGGAUCCUGUGGAUUGCCGGGGAGCCGCCGCCGCUGAGUGUAUACACAGCCAUCCCUCCUCACACACAUACACGGCUCGGUGUGCCCAGUGAGUGUGCCCGGGUUGAGUGUGUAUGUGUGUGUGAGGGAGAGAGGCGGCUGCGCAGCUCCUGUGCGCACACACACCAGCAGCACACACUGGCAUUUCAGAGGAGGCCAGGCACACACAACUGAGAGAAAAGUAGUCUGCUCAGCCCGGCAACGGCUCCCAGACCCCCGGCCCCCUCCAGCAUGGCUUCCGAAGAACUCUAUGAGCUCUGAGGAAAAUUAUAGCAUUAUAGAUCCUUCUUUACAGCUCUGAAGGGAAUUAUAUCUCCUCCAACACAUAGCAUAAUGCCAUCUAAAGGAAAGCGGUCUAAAGCUGCAAAGAUACGCUGGACUAAACGGGACCUUUCAGACCCACGCUUAUGGGAUCCGGAGCCCCACAGCAGCAUAGUGGAAAUGGAGGUUGAAAGAAUUGUCGACAAAAGGAAAAAUAAAAAGGGUAAAACUGAAUAUCUGGUGCACUGGAAAGGAUAUGAUAGUGGUGAUGACACCUGGGAACCAGAACAACAUUUAGUGAACUGUGAACAAUAUAUCCAUGAAUUUAACAGGAGGCACAAUGAAAAGAUGAAAGACAGUAGCACAAUUACAAAAGCAAACAGGACAUCUCCAAACAAUGCCAGAAAACAAAUCUCUAGAUCAACUAAUAGUUCUGUUGCAAAAACUUCUCCAAAAUCAUUAACUCUUAGUAAGGACAGUGAAACAAGAAACGGACCACUUUCUACUAGUCCAAAAUUAAGGAAAAGUCCCACUCAAGUAAUUACUCUCCGGAAAAAUAUGGACCUCUCUCGGUCAUCUAUUAAAAUACUUGUACCUAAAAGUCCAAUGAAGAACAGGAACUCAGUAGAUGGAUUUGAGAAUGAGUCGGUAGAAAAGUUAAAUCGCAUUGAACAAGAACAGGAUUCUGUUGCACCUGAAGUAACUGCUGAAAAACCAGUCGGUGCUUUACUGGGACCUGGUGCAGAAAGAGCUCGAAUGGGAAGCCGACCAAGGCCACCAUCGCUAGUGCCUCAAAUUCAACUGCCAUUGACUCUUACAGCACCAUCCGCUUUAGCAGUGAAUGGAAAAGGCACAUCUACUUUCAUGCAGGCAUUGGCUGCAAAUGGUACCAGCAAUAUACAGACUUCAGUGGCAGGAGUAACAGGAAAGAGGAGGUUUAUUGAUGAACGAAGAGAACAGUCGUUUGAUAAAAGGCUACGUUUCAGUGUAAGACAAACUGAGAGUGCUUAUCGAUACAGAGACAUUGUUGUGCGAAAACAGGAUGGAUUCACACAUAUAUUACUUUCUACUAAGUCAUCUGAGAAUAAUUCCCUGAAUCCAGAGGUAAUGAAGGAAGUCCAGGGUGCCCUAGCAACAGCAGCUGCAGAUGACAGCAAGCUAGUGCUUUUCAGUGCAGUUGGGAGUGUGUUUUGUUGCGGUAUUGAUUUUAUUUAUUUUAUUAGCCGCUUGACAGAUGAUCGAAAAAGAGAGAGCACUAAAAUGGCUGAUGCAAUUAGGAUGUUUGUGAGUACAUUUAUUCAGUUUAAGAAACCCAUAAUUGUUGCUGUAAAUGGGCCUGCGAUUGGACUUGGUGCAUCUAUAUUACCUCUUUGUGAUGUUAUCUGGGCAAAUGAGAAAGCUUGGUUUCAGACACCUUAUACUACUUUUGGACAAAGUCCAGAUGGCUGUUCGUCACUUCUGUUCCCUAAAAUAAUGGGUAUUGCAUCUGCAAAUGAAAUGUUACUUAGUGGAAGAAAAUUAACUGCACAAGAAGCAUGUGCAAAAGGACUAGUUUCACAGGUAUUCUGGCCUGGGACGUUCACACAAGAAGUCAUGGUUCGCAUUCGAGAACUUGCCGCCUGCAAUCCAGUGGUACUUGAAGAAUCCAAAGCUUUAGUACGUAAUGUCAUGCGUGGAGAAUUAGAACAGACUAAUGAAAGAGAAUGUGAAGUGCUAAAGAAGAUAUGGGGAUCUGCUCAAGGAAUGGACUCCAUGUUAAAAUAUUUGCAAAGGAAAAUUGAUGAAUUCUAAAAAUAAAAAAUAAUAACUAUUGCUUGUUUUACAAAGAAUCCUUGAAACACUUUCAGGAACAUUUUUUUUAUGAUGCCCUGAAUUUAUUUAAAAAUUUCUCUUAUUUUUGAACAAAUAUCUAAAGCCUGCCAUCGACUUCACAGGCUGAAGCUGGAGACAUGAGGUUGCUGUUAAGAAUCUUGACAUUCCAUGUCUUGAACCAUUGUCAGUACUAAGAGAGGAAGACUAUGAAAACUGAGCUACAGGGAAGUCUGGAAAUGCAUAUUUUUUGUUCAUAAAAAAAUCUAUAUAUAUAUAUAUAUAUAAUUAUAUAUUUAAAUAUAAAACGGGUAGCAGCAAGCCCUAACUUUCAUUGCCCUCUGAGGAGGUAGGACCGAGGCAAUGCUUUAUUUCAAAAGAAGGUUACAUACCUCAGAAUUUUUUUUCUUCUAAUUUUAAAUGGACUUAAACAAAACCCACAGGACGAUAACCGUAUACUGAUGCAUUUAAAUAUACCCAAAAAAGUAUGUGUGUGUGUGUGUGUGUGUGUGUGUGUGUGUGUGUUCUCAGGACAUAUGCUAAUAAAUCAAGAACAAAAAUCUUGACAUACUGUCAGAAAGAUGUCUAGUUAAUAUCAAGAUAGCAUGAAGAAACCACUGUCAAGAUGUUUUUCUUAGUGUGAUGCAGUAUUAACAGGUCAUUGAGUUAGCGUGUAAAGUUUUGAGGUCCAUUCAUUUGCUGAAGGCUAUUUUAUAUAUUUGUUUUAUAUAUUUUAGUUCUUGGGUGAGUCUUCAUAGUUGUUUGCAGGUUAUGUAUACACCAAAAAUAAUUUUAUGUUCACACUUGUAUAAAUUUUAGGUUUCACUAGAAUAUAUUUUAUUUAAUAAGUUAAUUUUGGUACACUAUAUUAAAUUACAAAUUACCCCACCCAAAAACUACCUUUGUAUUAGGAGUGUACUAUUUUAUUGCCUUUUUAAUCGAUACACUAUAUAAAACAUAUAUAAAUAUAUUUUACUUUUUAUGUAUAGUGUAGACAAGUGUUUUGUAAAUAUAUAACGUGCCAUUCCUUUGGGAGUGUUUUUAAUGAUUUGUGACUGCAGAUAUAUUACUAUUAAUACUAGGAUAUCUGUGCUUGCAAUUUGCUGAAUGUAUGAAGAAAAGUAAUCAAUCUUAUUUUUGUACAGUUUUUACAUUUUUACUUCCAGUUGACCAUCUCCCAUUAUUGUUGGAGAAUUGCUCACCCUGUAAAUCUCCCAUUGUUGGAGAGUUGCACCCCCUGUAAAUCUCCCUGUAGCUUGGGUUGGUACAGUAUUUUUGCAUUCAUUGGACCUACACAUUUGUUCUACAGCAUAAAUACAUAAACUGUACAGUCUGUAAAGUUUUCUAAAAACACAGCUGUGAAAUUGGCUAAAAUAAAACGAUUUUUUUUUAACAUAUUUAGCACAGCAGACUUUGUUGUUUAUAAAAUGUGCCUUUUAAAAGCAAAUAUGUUAUUUAAAAUGUGUGCCUUUUUUAAAACAUAAGGGAUGUUCUGUGAGUUUUAAGUGAUUAUAGAUGAGAUUGAAAAUACACUACAAAGCUGUAACGUCAUUUUUUUUUCUUUUUUUUUUGUAAACCAUCUAAACAAUAAAUUGCCAUUUUCUGAUGCA